UCUCUUUCUUCUCCUUCUUCUUCUUCUUCACAGUCUCACACACCCAGCUGGUCUCUAAAACCACACAGCACAUUAGAGCAAAGCAAACACCAGAUAGAUGAAGAUGAUGUUCUCUCCUCUCUCCUACCUCACCACGUGAACAAGAAUUAGUAUUUCUCAAAAAGGAAACACAACCCAAAAAGCAAACGCACCUAAAGCUUUUCACAAUUAAAACAUUCUCUCCAUUUCUCUCUCCUCCUCUCUCUCUCUCUCUCUCUCCUUCUUCAGAGAGAAAGAAAGACUCAAUCUUUCCCACAUUCUCACACACCCAUUAGCAAUGUCCACUACUCCGGCGCCCUCCUCGCCGCCGACCAACACCACCUCCCCACCACCCGCCGCACCGGCCCCCACAACCCCAAGCGCUCCUCCGCCAACAACCCCAAGCGCUCCUCCGCCAACAACUCCCGCCACUCCUCCGCCGACGACCCCCAGCGCGCCGCCGCCCGCGACUCCGGCAUCCCCACCGCCGCCUUCACCCCCAGCGCCCUCCACCCCAGCUCCGACAUCUCCGGGGUCCUCGCCGCCGCCGCCGUCCACCCCAACCGUCACAUCGCCGCCUCCCCCCAAAACGCCGUCGACGAACAAGAGCCCUCCGCCGCCCAAGUCGCCGUCGACAACACCGUCGCCGCCGUCAUCGUCAUCGGGAUUGGAUACUGGGGUUAUAGUGGGAAUUGCUGUUGGGGCUGUGGCGAUUCUAGUGGUGCUCAGUCUUUGCUGCAUUUUUUGCUCCAAGAAGAAGAGGAGAAGAAGAGAGGAGCCUGUCUAUUAUGUGCCUCCGCCGCCGCCUCCAACCGGGCCUAAAGGCGAAAUUUACUACGGUCCACCACGCCCGCAUCAAAAUACUCCUCCUUCACCUGCAGAUCAUCAUGUAAUCACAAUGCCUAAGCCACCUCCUGCACAAGCUGUAGCAUCCAGGCCACCGCCCUCGCCAGGAUAUACACCGCCACCGCAGCCAUACAGCAGUGGAGGUUCUGGUUCCAAUUAUUCAGGGUCUGAAACUGCACUCCCACCACCUCCACCACCGGGGUAUUCCUUGGGAUUCUCUAAAAGCACGUUUACUUAUGAGGAACUGGCUUUGGCAACAGAAGGGUUCUCGGAUUCCAAUCUCCUUGGACAGGGUGGGUUUGGAUAUGUUCACAAAGGAGUUCUUCCCAAUGGGAAGGAAGUAGCGGUCAAGCAGCUGAAGGCUGGAAGUGGGCAAGGGGAACGUGAAUUCCAGGCAGAAGUUGAAAUUAUUAGCCGUGUACAUCACAGACAUCUGGUUUCGCUGGUUGGAUACUGCAUGACUGGAUCCGAGAGACUACUUGUCUAUGAAUUUGUUCCAAAUAACACUAUGGAGUUCCACUUACAUGGAAAAGGGAGACCUACCAUGGAUUGGUCCACAAGACUGAAAAUCGCUUUAGGAUCUGCAAAAGGACUGGCAUAUCUUCAUGAGGAUUGUCAUCCUAAAAUCAUUCAUCGUGAUAUCAAAGCAGCUAAUAUACUUUUGGAUUUCAAGUUUGAGUGCAAGGUUGCAGACUUUGGUCUUGCCAAGCUUUCUUCUGAUCUUAAUACUCAUGUUUCCACCCGAGUGAUGGGGACUUUUGGGUAUCUAGCUCCAGAAUAUGCUUCUAGUGGAAAACUCACAGACAAGUCAGAUGUUUUCUCAUUCGGGGUUAUGCUUUUGGAGUUGAUUACUGGACGCCGCCCAGUUGACGCAUCUCAUACGUACAUAGAGGACAGUUUGGUAGAGUGGGCAAGGCCCGUUCUGACUCGAGCUUUGGAAUCAGAUGACUUUGAUGAACUGGUUGAUCCUAGACUGCAGAAUAGUUUUGACCACAAUGAGAUGGCUCGCAUGGUUGCUUGUGCUGCAGCUUGUGUACGACAUUCUGCAAGGCGUCGACCACGAAUGAGUCAGGUUGUCCGUGCUUUAGAGGGAGAUGUGUCUCUGUCUGAUCUGAACGAAGGAAUCAGGCCUGGGCAUAGCAGUGUCUACAGUUCCCAUGGAAGCUCAGACUAUGACUCAAGGCCUUAUGACACAAAGCAACGCAAUCUGGAUAUGAUAAACCACAGGAAGAUGGCAUUGGAAAGCCAGGAGUACGGCGCUAGUAGCGAGUACAGUGGUGGUCGCACCACCAGCGAGUAUGGUUUGAACCCAUCUGGUUCAAGCAGUGAAGGCCAACGAACCCGGGAAACCACCAGAGAAAUGGAGCUGGGAAAGAUGAAUAAGAACAAUCGAGGUUACAGUGGAAGCUCCGAGUAUUAACACAGCCGAUGCACCAGUUUUCUUGUAAAAAGCUACCAACCCCCCUCCCCCAAUAUUUCCACACUUCUAAAUCGCCAUCAAUUUCAACGACAGAUUGGUUUACACAACUAAGUCUAUUAUUGAUUAUUUUUUUUCACCGUCCGUGUUAGCCAGUUUACCAUUGCUUUCACAAGAGUCAUAUAACUGAACUCGUCCAAUUCUUUUAUUCGUUGCUUAUUCUUUGAAUGAAUACAGCUGUGUUCAAGUUGUUUAUCAUUA